CGCACCGUCUGUCUUCUCUUUCCCAGCUGAGAGACAAAACACCAAACAUGGGUUUUGUGGGUCUCGGUUCAUCGGUGCUCUUUGUCUCCUUGGUCGCUCUGAGCUCCGCGGCGGGCUCGGACGCGCCCCGGGGAGUCGCGGUCGGGUUCGUUUUCGACCCUAAAGCGAAGUGCGAACCGCCGUGCGACCACGGAGGCAUCUGCAUCCGCAACAACACAUGCUUCUGCUCCAAGGGCUAUGAAGGAGAGACCUGCCAGUAUGCCAACUGUUAUCCCAAAUGUAAGAAUGGAGGAACGUGUCUUCGCCCUGGAAAAUGCAGAUGUCCUCCUGGAUUUGGAGGAAGAUACUGUCACAAAGUGACGUGUGACGGUGGAUGCUGGAACGGAGGGGAAUGCAGCGCUGUCAACGGAGUGGCCAAGUGUAUCUGCCCCUCAAGCUGGGCAGGCUCAAAAUGCCAAGAGGCAAUCUGUCCACAAGGCUGUAGGAACGGGGGAAUAUGUGUGGCUCCAGGAAUCUGCAGCUGUCCGGAGGGAUGGCUGGGCGGUGCCUGCCACACUGCUGUGUGCACUCAGUCCUGCCUGAAUGGAGGAAAGUGUAUUUCUCCAGAGAAAUGCCGCUGCCGCCCCCCUUUCUCUGGCCCUCGCUGCGAGGAGAGGAACAAGUCCCACUAGUGUGUCCCCGCCACGGGUCAAAGGUCAUUGAGGCCCAAUAAGGGCCCUUAUGCUGAUGAGGACGGUACAAUUCCUUUAGCUGAAACAUUUGUAGUUUUUACAUUUUUUUUACUCCUAUGUAUUCGUUUUUAAGAAACCUUGAACCUGUUACAUGUUCUCACUUGACUGUAUAAACAUGCUCUGUAAUGUGCUGUAAUUUGUUCCAUUAAAUGAGUAAAAGAGUAA